AUGCCGCGACUCACCAAGGACUUGCAGCGAGUGCACAUAAUCGCAGGGGUCGACCCGGACCCGUCGGCGAUCUCGUGCGUCAUGUACGCGAAAGUGCUCACGAUGCAGCUGGACAUGAUGUACUUCGAUGACUACUCCCUCGGAGACGUCGUCAUCUGCGACCUGAACGGCGUGACCGUCGGCCACCUCCUCAGGAUCGACAUCAACGUCGUCCGCGCUCUCGAAUUCUGCUACAAGAUCCAUCUCCAUCUGCCAGGAUCCAACACGCUGUUUGACCACGUGCAACGGGGAGACGUCCCGGACGAGCUGGGAGGAACAGCCGGCCCUAUUGAUAUGUUUGCCUAUGAGUUUAUCAGGAGAGCAGAGACGCUGCGAGACUGGUUCCUGGAGCAGGACAAGUACACCUCGGAUGAGAGCAAGAGACCCGCAGACAACCAUUAUGCUGACAGCAUCUUCGGCGUUGCGGGCUCGUUUCGAAAACUUACUGUAGACUGACGCCACGUACAUUUGCUAGAGACUGCACAUUAUGUUACACUGAGUGGAGUAUCAAACUGUUAGGUUUCCAAUUUGAGUAUUUGCAAUGAU